AUGCUGAGCCAACACUCAGCCAAACAUUGUGUCAUUGGAAGCUAUAACAUAAACAGUCUGGGAAACAAGUUCAGUGAGGUGAUGGAAUGGAUACAAGCCUUUGAUAUAUUGACCAUACAGGAAACCAAGUUGGAUAAAUCGUUCCCUGACUCACAAUUUGCAAUAGAUGGUUAUAACAUGUUUCGUCGAGAUCGGAAGAAAGGUGGUGGAGGAAUUAUGGUAUACAUUCGUAAUUCCAUUCCCUCCCACCGCAUCAGAGUUAAAUCCAACGAGGUGGAAGCGAUCCUUUUAGACAUUCAACUGGGUCAGCAAUACAUGUCUUUAUUAUGUGCCUAUAAACCACCGGCGGUUACUAACAACACAUUUACUAACGAAAUGUAUGCACUCCUGGACUCGGCGAUUGCUAACAGAUCAAAUGUUAUGUGUUUAGGUGACCUAAAUUGCGAUACGCUCCAUUCCCUAGACGGCGGAAAGGAAGGAAGAACAUGGCUAGACAUCUGCGACAUUUACGACAUGGUAAAUCUUAUAAUUAUAUAA